UUGGAUAUUUGAGUUGAGUUCGAGUAGCGGGUCUACAAGUAUCAGUUCGUUCAGUGGCCGAUACUACGAUAUGAGCUCGGUGUAGAAAUUUCGUACGUUCAUCAAACAAUACCACAAACGCCUACCCAAGUGCCUAAUGCCGAAUUGGGCAGACGAGUGAGGGAACAUCCGAGGGAAUCUAAGAUCAGAUCUGUGAAAGUGUAAACAUGCUAAAGGGAUUUUCCUAGUCGAGUUCUACCUGUAAAGAUAUCUUAAAACGACCUGAAAGCAUGAAAUUCUAACCGAGAAAAUGGACAACCACGACCAUGAGAGGGAACACCCAGAACGAGAAAGGCGGAAUUCUAACACCGAGUAUAUACCAACGAAAUGUCGAAUUACGAAACCUCCCCCUCCAAAGCCUGCCACGAAUCCUCUACAGUUCGUAAAAGUAGCUCCAUGUCCACUAUUCCAGAAAGCUCAAGAACAGAUAAAAAAGGUGGAGGAAAUAAAACGAGAACGGAAAGAAAUAAGGGAAGAAGUAGAGGACUGGCAGCAGAACCUUGACAACUGGAAAAGUAGCAGGAGAAAACGGCAAGAGCAUAUCAUAGAGCGAGUAGUCGAAGUGAAGAAACUGACGGAGCAAGAGGAACUAGAGCGGGCAAAGAGAAAAAGUAAAACUUUCAGCGAAAUGAUGGAAAGGAACAGAGGAAGGCAUAAAUUCACAAUACCUGUGUAUGACGACGAUUCCAACGACCUCAGCGAUUACGGUAUUGGUAGUAGUAGUUCGAAAACAAACAGUAUAAAAGAUGUCGACACAGACGAUAGCAGCAGUAUACUGGAUGAAAAAGAGAUACAUACUUACGAUUCGCCUAGUAAUAGAGACAGCACAUCAAACCAAAGUCAAAGUGAAGAUGAAACCAAUGUAACAAAACAAGAACCACCAACCAGUCCCACAGUCAAUAAUAAUACUUCCCCAAAAAUAUAUUCAAGUACAUAUACAACUAACUUAAACACGAGCACUGUGAAACCUAAUAUUUUAGCUAAACCUAAACUGGUAUAUGAGACAAAGUUAUACGCCGAAACGAACAGUACAAAAGAAAGUACCAAGCAAUAUACCUACGAGGGGGCGAUUCAAGAUUACAGGUCGAGGAUCCAAACGAAAAUAAAGGUGGACGAAUCCAUCUUCACCAAAAACAGGGAACAAUCAAAAUCUAAGGAAUUUUCUGAAGCGCAAACAGUUCUGCCAAAGGGAGAAAUCUUUAAACGUAAGGGUUUAUUCGAAAGUGAAAAAUCGAUUCAGAUCAACCACUUUGAGUCCAAUAGUUCGAGAAGGUUGUCCGAAGACUUUGCUAAUUCGAGAAGUAUAAAGGACAGGUUGAAAAGCCUAGAAAAAUCUGCAGAUCAAUCUUCAAAAGCCGUCAACAAGAACGACAUUCAAGUGUCUGUGAAGCAACGGUUACAAAAUUUCAAUAAACAAAACGACUUCGAUAAGCAGAACAACAACACUACCGUGAAAACGAGUAGUCCCAGUAAAAUUAGCAACUACCUUUUAGACAAGUCUAGCAGUACCCCCAACUUUCAAACCAAAAAAACCUCUAGUUGGAAGAAUGAUUCUUCGGAUAGGUGUUCUAGUCCAGAAACAGAACUAUAUAUGAAUAAAUUAAAUAUGUUUAAUAGAGAUUUAGACAACCUGAUGAACGGCAAAUCGCCAACCGAUAACAAUCUUAUGGAUUAUUGUACAAACUCAAAUUAUGCUCCUUCUGUCUCAUCUGCGGAACUAACUGGAAUUUCUUCGGAUAGAGAAGAUAGCGGUAUUCACACUGCGGACGUAUCAUGUUCAGUCAGCCAAGCUGAUGAGCCAAUUGAUACCGACACAGACAUCGCUCUGAAUACCAUCCCCAGCUGUAUAGAAAAAUUGAACCAAGAAAACGAACUGACCCAGUUUGAAAAGGACCUUUCCCAGUUCGAAAAAGAACUAGAUCAAUUCAGAAUAGAUAGCAAGGACAAGAAAGAAAGCAAUAAUAAUUCCUUAGAAGUCGCAUCCAAGGAGGAUAUUAGUGGAGACCGCCAAGAAAUAACGUCACCAACAUACUCCCGAGAAGAAAUUUUAAAUACGACCGAACAAUUCUUAGAAUCUCUCAAAAAAGACGCCUCGGAAAACAUUUCUGCUGCAAAGGAAGCCCAAACGAACACAAAAGAAGACCCACCGAUGGUACCAAAGGAAGCUACGAUAGUAGAAAAGGUACCACAUCCGAAACCAAAGCCAGCAAUCUACGAGAACAUUGAAUUUAAACCGUACAACGGUGCCCCAGACUUUAUCACAAACGACUUCCUUGUCGACAGUCCCUUCUCCCUGACGCCUCCCAAGAUGGAACCCCCUAAAGUGAAACCUCCCCCUCCACCCCCACCGGAGGACGACGCUCCGCAACCGAUGAAACGCAUGAACUCUACAAAGAGGAUUAAGAAAGAAAUGCAUAUUAAAAGAUCUAGUUUCUUGGGUUUAGACGAACCCACAGACGACCAGAUUGACCCGGAGAUAGAAAAGCCCCCCGAGUUGAACAGUUUUUUACAAAAGGAGUCGAAAUUGGAAAAGUCGUUAUAUAAGAAGCUUCAGGAGGAGAACCGGAUCAGCGGAUUGAGCAAGGUGGAGAGUCAAGAUUCCGGAUUAGACAUAGAUAGAGGAAGGUUGUCUAGUGACACUUGGUGUAGCAGUGUGGGGGAUUCUAGCAUACCAAGCCAUGAAAGGCAAGAUAGUGAGCAAACUAAUAGUAUUACAUCCGAGGAAGACGAAAUAACAAAGAAGGAGAGGGAGAUAAUUGAAAUGGUAGAAAAAGAAGAACAAUCCAGAGACACCAUUGAAUACGUCGGUCAAAAUUUGGGGAAAUCCAGUUUCUUGCCUGGAACCGAAAGUAUCUCCUCGUACGAACCGUCUUUAGGAAGUGACCAAUUUAACAGCCCCUACAUCCCUCAGCCGUCGUCAGAUUUUCUAGCUGAUCAAGAUUCCGAGGUCCUUAAAGUAGAACAAGAACUGAGGCAACUGGAGAGGGAGGAACUGGAAAGGCAAAGGGAAAAUCUGUUAUUUCGUGAAAGCAGAGCCAAAGCUAGACUCCAGAGCAACCGUCACUCGUUAGAGAACAUAUGUGACGAAAUUUACCCUUGUUACCCGCCGGACAGUACUGUGGAUUACAGAAAAUCCAUGCCGGAACUGCAAAACGUCCCUCUGGAAUACAGGAAGUCUGUACCGGACGUACCAAGCUACGUCUACAAGAAAAGCAUUCCGGACAUUGAUCUGCAAUACAGAAAAUCGAUGCCUAACAUACAACACGCCUACCAGAAACUCUCGCCGGAUCACCACAGGAUCGACAGGUCCAUGUCGAUAGACAGCGACCUAAGGGUACCGUUAGAUCACAGAAAAUCCAUGCCCGAGUUGCAACACGACAUGCACCACUCUGCCUUUAAGUCGCCUCCCCCGAACAGACAACCGAUAAUGCCAGGGAAACCCUUGAGACCCGUCAAGGAUUUGUCUGUUUUUAAUCCGAUCGUUCCUCCCAGUUUGCAACACCCGAACGUAAAGGGGACGAGGCAAUUGUCCAAGCAUAGUUUGCAAGCUUUAAGUGCGGUGCCAAGGUCGAGGCAUGUCCCUAAUGACAACUGGAUACAGCCCAAGGCCAAUCCCGAAGCUAAGAACUACAAUCAACACUGGGUCUUUCAGGAAGCCGAGUUAAGGAGAAUCUCUGAUCAACAAAAGAAUGUGGCAGCUAAUAGAAACUGGCAACAACCCAGGCAUGAGAAGCAUCUACCCGACUCGAUUAUACAAUCUCUUACCCAACGUGUUCAAAAUAGAACAAACAUUAACGAGAGGAACCAACAGAACCGAAGAUCUGAUGGUAGUUUAAAUAAAGAGUAUAUGCAACAUCCAUAUUUGGGCCAUCCCCAAACUGUGGGUCACGCUUUACCGACUAUGCCUUAUUCUCCUCCCUUAGUUUUGGAAGAAUCCCAAGAUAGGAUCCUCAGCGUCAGCGGGAAGAAAAAGUGUUCGUAUUGCGGAAACGAAUUAGGAAGGGGAGCGGCGAUGAUAAUAGAGAGUUUGUGCCUUUUUUACCACAUGGAGUGCUUUAAAUGCUGCGUCUGCCACGUUCAGCUGGGUGACGGUCUGAUGGGAACAGACGUUAGGGUUCGAAACCAGAAAUUGCACUGCCAUAAUUGUUACUCCAGCGACGAUGGCGUCAAGUUCAGUUGUGUGUGAUGUAAAUAAAUAUCGAGUUAUUUUUUUUGUAAAUAUAUUAGAUAUACAAUGUUAUGUAUUUAUAUGCCUUGUAUUAUAGUUAGUGGUACAUUAUGGAUUGUAUUUAAUGAUAGUUUUAAAUUUGGUAUCGUUGAUAAAUACUAUUUAGGAACAGGUGCCAAAUUUUUGGAAUUUGUAUUUUUUUGUAAAUUAUUUAAAUAAGGCAAAGGGUCAAAUAUUCGAACAAAUUAUUUCAUGUUGGUUUUGCUUGAAAAUAGUGCUAAUGUAUUAAUACUCUGUUAACUUAGAUUGUGUUUAUAGCUGUUAUUUGUAUUAUUUAUUGUUUUCAUUUAUAUAUCUGCACGCAAAUAAUUUGGGUAACAAAUCUUGAUUUAGUUGUUUUACAACCAAGGUCCCAGUACACGAACACAACACUUCAUUUUGGACAUUCUGAAACGAUAUUUUAAAGACUGUGCUGCCAAAGAGCAACACCAUUUAUUUAAUCCGUGGGAUCAAACAAAAUUUAUUUAGUACUACCUUAAUAAUAUCACUUAACAAACUUUCAUAUAUCAUAUGAAUAUACCAAAACAUUAGUUUUUAGGCAAAUUUCAUAUCUUUAUCAUGCACUGACAUAUACUUUUUAUUUUAUGUUAUAGUUAUUAUGAUUUCAGUAUAUAAAUAUUAACAUAAAUAAAGGAAAAUAUAA